AACAAAUUGACAUCCACCACCAAAGCUGUGUACCAAUCUCUCUCUCUCUCUCUACCUCGCUGUGUUCUUACAGACACAACGAGGAUGUCGGAUCCUGAUUUAUCUUCUCCGUUGAUCCAUCAACCAGAGGUCGUCAUCUCAAUCCUCGACGACGACGGAGAUGAAGAAAACUAUAUUCCCGCCGUUAGUCAACAAAACCACCACCAACCUCGUGUUCCACGUGCUUUUGAAUUUGACCAUAUUAACCCUUUCGGCUUCCUCAGAGAAGCUUCCGAGCCUCCCGUUCUCGAUCCUCCGACGACGGUGGAUCCAUUUCGGAACGAUACGCCGGGAGUCAGCGGGCUCUACGAGGCCAUUAAGAUCGUGAUUUGUCUCCCGAUUGCGUUGCUUAGGCUCGUCAUAUUUGGUGCCAGCUUGGCUGUUGGUUACGUGGCGACGAAGCUGGCACUUGCGGGGUGGAAAGAUAAACAUAAUCCGAUGCCUCGUUGGAGAUGUAGAGUCAUGUGGGUUACUCGGAUCUGUACAAGAUGUAUCCUCUUCUCCUUUGGUUAUCAUUGGAUACGAAGGAAAGGGAAACCUGCUCGGAGGGAGAUUGCUCCUAUUGUUGUAUCAAACCAUGUUUCUUUUAUUGAACCAAUCUUCUUCUUCUAUGAGCUAUCACCCACCAUUGUUGCAUCCGAGUCGCAUGAUUCACUUCCUUUUGUUGGAACUAUCAUCAGGGCAAUGCAGGUGAUAUAUGUUAAUAGAUUCUCACAAGAAUCAAGGAAGAACGCUGUGCAUGAAAUAAAGAGAAAAGCCUCUUGCGAUAGAUUUCCUCGCCUGCUGUUAUUCCCUGAAGGAACCACGACCAAUGGGAAAGUUCUUAUAUCCUUCCAACUUGGUGCUUUCAUCCCAGGCUACCCUAUUCAACCUGUAGUAGUCCGGUAUCCCCAUGUCCAUUUUGAUCAAUCCUGGGGGAAUAUUUCAUUGUUGAUGCUCAUGUUUAGAAUGUUCACCCAGUUUCACAACUUCAUGGAGGUUGAAUACCUUCCAGUAAUCUAUCCAAGUGACACUCAAAAACAGAAUGCUGUGCGUCUCUCGCAGAAGACCAGUCAUGCAAUUGCAACAUCUUUGAAUGUCGUCCAAACAUCUCAUUCUUAUGGGGACUUGAUGCUAUUGAACAGAGCAUCUGAGUUAAAGCUGGAAAACCCUUCAAAUUACAUGGUUGAAAUGGCAAAAGUUGCGUCGCUAUUCCAUAUAAGCAGUUUAGAGGCAGUUCGGUAUUUGGAUACAUUUUCUUCCAUGAAUCCGGACUCAAGUGGACGUGUGACACUACAUGACUUUCUUCGGGUUCUUAGACUGAAGCCUUGCACUCUUUCUAAGGGGAUAUUCGGGUUCAUCGAUGUGGAGAAAGCGGGAUCAAUCACUUUCAGACAGUUCUUGUUUGCCUCGGCUCAUGUAUCAGCACAGCCACUUUUUCAGCAAACAUGCGAGCUAGCCUUUUCUCACUGUGACGCAGAUGGAGACGGCUAUAUCUCCGUUCAAGAACUUGGAGACGCGCUGAAACACACAAUGCCAAACUCAAACAAGGACGAGAUUCAGAGGAUAUACGUUUUACUAGACGAAGACAAAGAUCAAAGAAUCAGCAAGGAUGACUUCUUGUCCUGCUUAAGAAGAAACCCUCUGCUCAUAGCUGUCUUUACUCCUAUCUUGGCUCCAACAUAACACAGACAGACAAAAUGGAUGGCCAAGAUCUGGUGAUUCUGUGCAAUGAUUCAACCAUGCCUUUGUGGUGUAUCAAUAUAUAUACCUUUUUGUUUUCCUUAUUUCUUUUUCAGAUUGUAAAAAAAAAAAGGAAUACUAAAAGAUAGGGGUUGCUAUGUUUUUGGCCUAUCCCCUCCUCCAUGGAUCCCCCCUCCCCCUCCCCCAUCCAAUGAGUUUUGGACUAUAACUGCGUGCCGUUUUGUACCAAAAAAAACGCUGGUGUUUGCUCCUCUAGCUCUGAGUAAACUCUAUCUGUAUUUCAGUAUUUGUUACCUUUUUGUAUCAUCCAAAUUUCGAUUGUAUCAGUGGUUAUUAUUUUUUCUUGACUUAUUUUAUACAAACUCAAAUUAAGUCAUUAG